UUGUUCUGUUCUGCCACCAAACACCAACAGCGCGACCACUCCAGUUGACCAAUAUAUAUAUAUAUACAUAUAUACACAACAAAGUUUCCAACUCUUUCUUCCAAUCGUCCAUCGUCUCCGACCAGCGCAGAGAUGGGUUGUGGGAAUUUGUUCUUCACUCUGGUUAUCACCUUUUCAGCGGCGCUCAUCACAUAUAACAUAAUCAUAUCUGCAAAUGCGUCGCUCAAGCAAGACUUCCCGGACCCUUCAAGAAAAUCAGCUUCUUCAUUCUCACUUGACCCCGUCAUCAAAAUGCCUACAGCCUUGUCCUCAUCAUCCCAGAGAAGCAAAAAGCGCCUUUUCCAUACUGCCGUUACAGCUUCCGACUCCAUCUACAACACAUGGCAGUGCCGUGUGAUGUAUUACUGGUUCAAGAAACAGAAAAAUAAGCCUGAUUCCGAGAUGGGGGGCUUCACCAGAAUUUUGCAUUCUGGGCAUCCCGACAGAUUCAUGGAUGAGAUCCCCACCUUUGUUGCUCAGCCCCUCCCCGACGGAAUGGAUCAGGGGUACAUAGUCCUAAAUAGACCUUGGGCGUUUGUGCAGUGGCUUCAGCAAGCAAAAAUUGAAGAAGACUACAUAUUGAUGUCUGAGCCAGACCACAUUCUGGUCAAGCCCAUUCCUAACUUAUCAAGAGAUGGCCUUGGAGCUGCAUUCCCUUUCUUUUACAUUGAGCCCAAGAAAUAUGAGACUGUUCUGCGGAAGUUUUUCCCUGAGGAAAAUGGUCCAAUAACUAACAUUGAUCCCAUUGGAAAUUCCCCCGUCAUAGUAGGAAAGGAUGCUCUAAAAAAGAUAGCCCCUACUUGGAUGAAUGUUUCAUUAGCAAUGAAGAAGGAUCCUGAAGCAGAUAAAAGUUUUGGAUGGGUUCUUGAGAUGUAUGCAUAUGCUGUUGCAUCAGCAUUACAUGGUGUAGGUAACAUCUUGUACAAGGAAUUCAUGAUUCAGCCUCCUUGGGAUACGGCAAUCGGCAAGGCCUAUAUAAUUCAUUAUACAUAUGGAUGCGACUAUGAUUUACAGGGUAAGUUGACUUAUGGAAAGAUUGGGGAGUGGAGAUUUGACAAGAGAUCAUAUGACAAUAUCUGGCCUCCAAGAAAUCUUACUUUGCCACCUCCCGGUGUCCCUGAAAGUGUGGUUACAUUGGUGAAAAUGGUGAAUGAAGCCACUGGCAAUAUUCCAAACUGGGGUUCCUAAUUCAAACAGAACCAAUUAAUUGUAUAGAUGCUGAUGCUACCAAUGAGGAUAGAAUGGCCUCUUUUCUUUCUUGGAGCUGUAAAUGAUGUCGGGUUUGCAGAGCCUUAGGAUGCAACAUUCUGCUGUUGAGUUGUCAGGCUCACAUAUUCUUCCUUGAGUUCUAUUUAGGAUUCUAUGACAUUUGCCCUACUUCCAACACAUCAAGAGGGACUAUAAUCUUCGUACUUGUAACUCAUGAAUAUACAACAUAUCUGGUAAAAUAGUCUUUCUAAAAGUCGGAGUGAAUAGUUGAAACCUGUAAAAUGGUGGUGAUAUCUUUCACCAUAGUCUGUUCUGGAAUAGUUCUUUAGUUUCUGCGAUUUCGGUAGAACUUCUCAGGACUUGAAAACCUUUCAUCCUUUUCAAUCUUCCAAAUAACAAUCCUUUCCGAGAA